AUGGUAGUAACCAUUUUUAUAAGGAAAUCAUCCAAUUAUCGAAAGGGAAAAUCCAGAUAUUGUACAACAAAAAGUUGUCCGCUUUUGGUUAAUGAAAAACAUCGGUUUAUGGCCUGUUUUGUACCAAAGAUUGCCUCGACUUCGAUGAAGAAUAUAUUCAAUAUAUUAGAUGAUAAUAAAAUCAAUAUUACAAAUAUAAAUAAUACAGAAUUUCAUAUAAAAGCCAACGAUUUGUUAACACGAAUCAGUCCUAUGUUUUAUAAUAUCAAACAAAACAAAAACUAUUAUAAAAUGCUUUUUGUUAGACAUCCCUUCGUUAGACUGGUCUCUGCCUUCAAAGAUAAGGCUGAGAGGAAUCGUUCAGAAGAAUCAUAUUUUUAUGACAAAUAUUGGGAUAAAAUAAUGAGUAAAGAGAGAUCUCAUUAUACAAAUGACUCAAAACCUACAUUUCAAGAGUUUGUCAAACUUUUAUUGACUACAAAUGAGUACACAUAUGAUGAACAUUGGGCUCCCAUUUGGACCCGUUGUGAGCCUUGUUAUGUGGAUUACGAUUUCAUUGGCAAACUUGAGACCAGUGCUCAAGAUUUUGCUGUUAUUAGUAAUAAAUUAAAUUUAAGUCAAAUGUUUUGGGAAAACAAAAAUGUCAACAAAUAUAGAAAUCAAGUCAAACAAUAUUUAUUACAAAUUUCCAGUCAAGAGAUUAUUGGUUUAUAUAAAAAAUAUUUUCUUGAUUUCAAACUUUUUGGUUAUACUAUUGAAGAAAUAUUUUAUUGA